AUGUCACUGAAGUCUCCAUUAAUUUUGCUGCGUGAAAGAAUGGAUAAUCGAGAUUUACGGGAUUCUCACUCUACCGACAAUUUUCAAUUUAACAACAACAAUUGGCAAAGACAGGAAAAUAACUUUAACAGACCUGAAUUAAAUAAUUCAUCCAACAAUAAUACUUUUAUACAGGCGCCAUCGCCGUACUUUCGAAAUGGACCUUUACACCCACCUACUGUAAUACAAGCAAAUCAAAGGGCUUCUUCUGUUAGCAACAACGGUGUCAAUUUCUUCGCUCUGCCUCCUCCAAACCAAAUCAACAAUUUAGCUGAUAGGCAGUAUAUCUCUUCGCAUUAUAUCCUUAAUAAUUCGAAUAACUCCACACCUAACAAUCGUAUGCUAUCACCACCUAUCCUACCAAGGCAUGAUACUGUUUACUACAUGGAUAAUCAGCAACAACAAAGUAGUAACAAUUUUCCUAAUCCAUUGGUUAAAUUAGAAAAUGAAAAUUCUAUGCCUAGCGGUAACCAAAUUGUCAUUCCCAACAUUUACGAUAUCUCAUCAAAUUUGCCGUAUCAGAAUCAUCAUACCAAUUAUCGUCCGAUUCCAUAUGGUGACAAUACUCACAAAGUAAAUCCCAAUAAUCCAACAAGAAGAAACAUUCAGGAGAGCAUUGCAAAGAAAAUUGCAGAAGAAAAUAGACACAAACCAUUGACUGAGUAUAUUCCCAUUGUUAAAAAUGCUGAACUUUCUUUGUUGACUUUGAAUCCUGGAAUUUUGAGUAGAACAGAAAUUCAAAAAUUUGAACAAACAAGGGAAAAGGAAAGACAAGUCCUAGCUUUCCUUUGGAUUAUGAGAAAUUGUGAAGCAGAAAAUGACUGCUACGUCGCCAGAAGUACCAUUUUUGCUUACUAUGCUUCGUUCUGUGCAAAAUAUAACUUAAAACCUUUGUCACAAGCAUCUUUGGGAAAAUUGAUUAGAUCUGUGUUUCCUCACAUAUCUACAAGAAGAUUAGGUAUGAGAGGUCAAUCAAAAUAUCAUUAUUGUGGAUUAAAAUUAUCCAUUGAAAAAGAUAGUGUUAAAUUGAGAAAUUUUAAAGAUGAUAGUAAAUUGUCCGAAGUAAUGUACUCAAAGGAGAAAAGCUCUUUUACUUCCUCAAAUAACCUCUAUCAUAAUUUAUUUGAAUUUGGUAAUAUCGACAAUUUAAACUUACCAAGAUUGCCAAAGGAAAAGUUAGCUAAUUACAGAAAUAUUGAUCCCGACAUUAUUUCAGCCCUGGAAUCAUUAUACCACAUUUACUGCAUGACAAUCUUCGAAAAUAUAAAUUUUUUGAGAUUGGAUCUUCUUUCAUUGAGUUUAUUCAUAUCCAAUACGGGCUCAUUAUCUCCUCAAAUGUUUGAUUUGAUAAUAUCUGAUGAAUUGCAUGAAUGGAUCUACGAAUGUGACAAAAUUACCCACCUGUCCGUGAUCAAAGCACUGUCCAGAACAGUUUUACAAAGUUUUUUGAGUGGCGACAAUAAAUAUGACAGUGCAGAUAUAAUUGCAAAGCUGGAAACAUUGGUUACAAGUUAUCAAGGAAUGGUCGAAAAGGCAACAAUUGACCUACCAAUUCCAAUUAUCAACAACAAAUUAAACGUCAUAGAAAAGUUUAUAAAAAUGCUGAAAAAUUUUGCUAGAACACUGAAAUUUAUUGAACAAUUUUCUGAUAAGUAUAGAGAUCGAAAGGAAGCAAUGAUACAAGAAUGGGAAAGUACAAUCGAUUUGAACAAAGACUUGGAUAUUCUUUUCGGCAAUGAAGAGGAUUCUAGUAGAAUGGAGUUAUGCAAAAAUACGAUUGAUAGGAACAUUAGAUCGAUAUUGACUUCGGAAAAAUUGUCAUUCGGUGAGCUAGUUAAGGACAUUUGUGAAUUCAUUUCAUCACAUAAUGAUAUUGCAGCAUCACAAAUAAUGGCAUUUAAUGUAAGAUUCGUUGAUGUGAUAAUUGGAGAGAUCAGUUUGAAAUCUUCAAAAAAUCUAUUAUAUUGGUUACAUUUAAAUAAUAUUAUAAGCUACCUCUUCAUUCAUUGCUACCAUUUUUCGAAAUUCGCACAACCCGUUCAACAACUCGAAUAG